AUGUCGCUGCGCGACGCCGUCUCAAGGACGCCGGACGAUCACGACGAGCAUCAUGACCUUCCUCUAUCCCUCGACACAGCCGUGGCCCGGCCGCAGCGGCCGGCGUCCAUACACCAGCCCGACGACGGCGAGGCCAAGAUCGAGCUGGAGUCGAUCAUGACGACGGCCUCUAACCCCGUCUCGCCCGGCCCCUCCAGCCCUCCCCUCGAUCAGAUCCACACCCAGUCCUUCGUGCCGCCGGCGAGGCCCAAAAGCACACCUUUCCCCCAGCCAGAACAGCGGACAGACGACCUGCGGUGCUCCUGCCCGCACUCACACUUUUCGAGCGACGGCGAUGACCUCAUGGAGCUGUGCCCCUCCUCACCCACGACGACCGCGGAUCAGCGACAGAGCGCCCGUCUAAACCUCAAUGACCUCCCCGCCGAGAUUCACGAGUGCAUCUUAGACCAUCUGUUCGGCUACCGGGUGUCGACCGCGUCCAAGAGCUCGAUGGGCAUGAACAGCGUGACCAAGAGCUGGGCCACGGCCCUGCGGCACUCCAGGAGGCGGGAGCUCUCCGAGCUGGCCCUCGUUAGUAACGUCUGGCGCGUGCUGAUCCAGGACCGGCUCUAUAGGCACAUCAAGCUCAAGGCGACCCACGAGUCGCUGAGCGAGGCGCUCAUCUUCUUUGCGGAGAACCCGCACAUGCGCUUCUACGUCAAGCACAUCGAGAUCUGGUUCCCCGUCUUCCAGGCCAAGCGCGAGCAGUCGUCACAUGCUUCGGCGGCGUCGUGGUGGUCGCCGGCGUGGCGCGAGCUGCUGCCCACCAUGACGCCCGACGGCACGAGCCCAUUGUACACGCUGCCGCAGGACAACUGCUCCCUGGAGGAGACGUUCUACUUUGUCGGCAGCACCUUCCCCGAGGUCCGCGUGCUGACCCUCGAGGGCGGCGAGCGGAAAAAGGCGCCCAUGGUCCGGCACUUUUCCCGUCCCCUCGGCGGCGGUGCCAAUAACAACAACACCUCGUAUCCGGCUCACCCUGUCGCCCUGCCGCGCAUCGACAGUGUGCGCACGCUUGUGUGCAAGGGCCAGUGGAACCUGAUCCGCGACGCCGACGACUUUGACCACAUCGCCGCCGCGCUGCCCCAGCUCAAGGAGUGGCACGCCUCGUACAGCAAGCCCAAGUCCAAGACGUACCUCAGCAUGGCGGCCGUCCUGCCGCGCCUGCCCCUCGACCUGACGAGCCUGCACCUGUGCCUCGAGAGCGACUACCGGCGCGAGCUGUCCUUCCCGCCCUACUUUCUAAAGGUGGCCAACGAGAUGCACUUUUGCCUGCGGCUGGCCGAGUGCGCGCCCGCGCUCGAGCACCUGUCGUUCACGGGCCGCGUGUGCCGGGGCUUCUUCGACGCGGCGGCGCGGCUGGCGGACCCGCGGUGCGCGCGGCUCAAGAGCGUCGACCUCGUGGUCAAGAACUGCUGCCGGCACGUGGCGCAGUGGAGCGAGUCCGGCUCCGGCAUCACGGACAUGGGCUUCAUCGCCGCGUUCGAGGCGCUCGUGCUGGCCGGGGUGCGGGCGCUCGAGCGGUUCAAGGGGCUCGAGUACAUGCGGAUCCGAUAUGUGGAUCUCGACUCGCCUGCUCCGCCGCUGAACCCGUACUUCCUGAUGCGCAGCGACGGCGUGUGCUCGGGCGUCUGGAGCGACGCCAUCGUGAGCGAGCUGGGCCGGGUGCGCCCGGCGGCCCGGUUCGAGGACCUGUCGGAGAUGUGGGGCGAGGUGGUGACGGUCAAGGACGGGCAGCGCAUCUGCGUGCCCGAGUUCCCGCGCAAGAGGGUGCUGUCGCUGAAGCUGAGCAACUACGCGCUGCUGGCGGGCGGGAUACACAUCGUGCCGUCGCCGCAGCAGCAGCAGCAGUAG